AUGUCUGCCUCGGCCACUGACACCAAGGUGUCGUCCAUUGCCUUUGGAUUCUUCCUGGGCUUUGGCUACCUGACCGCCUGGGAUGCCUACAAGAUCACUGCCAAAAACCGGAACCCUUUGCGGAGUUUGUUCGUGUGGAUGGUAUGGGGCGAGCUGUUGGCCAACCUCUCCAUUGCCAUCUUGGCAUGGCUUUUCCUCGAAGAAGUGCUUCCACCAACAUUACCAACCUUCUUUUUCAUCCUGGUGGCAUGGGUUUUUGAGAUUCAGUUCAUCCUGCAAAUCAUCGUCAACCGAGUGGCAAUCGUCUCCAUGGACAACCGCCUCCUCACCUGGAUUCGAUGGGGGACCGUCGUUUUCAUCUCCCUCGUCAACAUCUCAGUCUUCUGCAUCUUCCUUCCUGCUAACCUGGGUGUCGGCGAAAAGUUUGUCGAAGUCAACGCCGUCUGGGACAAGAUAACAAAGGUCCUGAUCGGUCUGAACGAUGCUGCCCUCAACUGGUACUUCAUUGUUCAGGUGAAGAAGCGCCUCAUUGCCAACGGCCUGCAAAAGUACAACGCUCUCGCGCGAUUCAACACCCACAUCAUUUUGAUCUCGAUCGGCAUGGAUCUGCUCAUCAUCGGCACCAUGUUCCUCAAGAACGGCGUCGUCUUCAUCCAGUUCCACCCCGUUGCCUAUACUGUCAAGCUCAAGAUCGAGCUGUCCAUGACGAAUCUGAUUACGCGCAUCUCCAAGGAGUCGAUCAACGAGCGCAACCUGGGUACAACCUCGACCAGCCAUGGCCACAGCCGCUUCACCUUUAACCCCACCCGCACAAACGUUACCGCGAAGGAUGUCCAGCUCGAAACCUUCUCUGAGCAGAACCACACUUCAACCGUCUCCGCACAAAAGUACUCAGAAGAAGAAAAUGGCCAAGGCCUCAAUCAGAUCUUCACAAAGCGCGAGGUCACUGUGCAGAUCUCUGACCCUCAGGAGAGUCCGGAGAGUAUAUCGCAGUCGGAGCAAGCGAGCAGUAGAGGAAGCAAAGAGCAUGCCAACUACCACCACGGACACGGACACCGGCAAGACGACGAAGUGCCCCUGUCGUGGAGGUAA